GAGCGCCGCUCGCGCCGCGGGCAGAGCCGGCGCGCCACUGACGUCACCGCCGCCGACUGCUUUCUGGGAGGCAGGAGUGGAAGGCCCGCGAGUUGGUCAUAAUGGCAAGCGAAGAAAUUAAUGAAGACUACCCAGUAGAAAUUCAUGAAUAUUUAUCAACAUUUGAGAAUUCCAUUGGUGCUGUGGAUGAGAUGCUGAAGACCAUGAUGUCUGUUUCUAGAAAUGAGUUGUUGCAGAAGUUGGACCCACUUGAACAAGCAAAAGUGGAUUUAGUUUCUGCUUACACGUUGAAUUCAAUGUUUUGGGUUUAUUUGGCAACGCAGGGAGUUAAUCCUAAGGAACAUCCAGUAAAGCAGGAAUUGGAGAGAAUCAGAGUAUACAUGAACAGAGUCAAGGAAAUAACAGACAAGAAAAAGGCUGGCAAGCUGGACAGGGCUGCAGCUUCAAGAUUUGUAAAAAAUGCCCUAUGGGAACCAAAACCUAAAAAUGCAUCCAAAGUUGCCAAUAAAGGAAAAAGUAAAAGUUAACCUUUUGAUUUGGAUGUACACAUAUUGAAAAAGUACAUAAUUUUUAUUGUUUUCCACAAAAUAGAUGAUGAUUAUGUGGCAUAGUAAGGUUUAAAUGUAUUCCAUAUUGAAUUCGUGUGUAAAAUUUGCAUUUUAAAUUUGUAAUGCUAAAUACUUUUCCCCCAGAAAGAUUAAGUUAUCCUUAUUGAUUUUCCUAUAGAACAUUAUGAGGUUUUUUAACAUUGUGGUAUAUUUUAUAUUUAUAGUUUACUGUCUCUUGACAAGACUCUUAUUUCCUUAUAUAGGUCAGUUUUUCAAGUGCCAUUUUAUAAGCAACUAUGAAAUUUAAGUUAAAUGUUCUUUGCAAACAUUUGUCUAUUUUCGAUGAAUAAUGAUUUUAUGAAGUAUGCUGAAGUUUUGAAUACAUCUGUUUUCACUAUAUAAUAUUAGGAAAGAAAGAAAUGACUUAAAUGUCCAUUUUUUCUGUGAAGUUAUUUCAUUAUGCUUUCAUGAUUUUGGGAAUUACUGCUUUUUGUGAUGUUUGAAGUAUGAAAUUAAGACUUUUAAGGUUAUUCUUUAAUUCUUGGCACUUUGCUACUAUGUCCCAUUUAAAGUAAAAUAUAUUCUCAUUAACUUUAGAUGGGAAAUGAGGUUGUAUAUUGAUGGCUGAAUUUUGGCAUAAUGGCUAUACCCUAUCAAUAAAGCUGUAAAUGUUGUGUAGCUGACCUGUUUUUUAUUUUUCUCUUUUGAGUAAAUUUUCUCUUGAAAUUAGGAAGGUAGUUUUUAGAAAUCCUUAGGAAUGGGGGAAUUCAUGAGUUUUUGUUCCUUAUGAAUAGUGCCCACAGGUCUCUUGGCCUCAUGUUUUCAGGUUUUUUUAUUGUAUGUUUCUGAGGCUAUAGCAAUUACAUAGAAGUAUUUUGGAACAACUUUGUAUGUUAUUUAAUGCCACUUAAGCAGAGGAGAAAUCCAAAGGAGAUUACACUGUGUUUAUAUUCUGAUUUAUUUUUCUGCAGUAUUUGCUACAGAGAAUUCUAAAUAUUAAAUGAAUUUAUUUAUGUCUAAGCCCAUGAAUUUUAAUUAUAUACCCUUAAUGCUUUCAGUCUUUGAAUUCACAUCAUUAUGUAUAGGAAUGCCAAGUACAGUAAAAUACUUUAAUUUUUGAAAAAGAAGUUGUUAAAAUUUUUUGUGACUAAUUCUCCUUAAGUAACCUUGAAUAAAUGGAUUUCUUGAUUUAUGGUAGCAGAUAUUGGAAAUGGUCUUAAAAUGUAAUGGAUUUUGUAACGCAUGUUGAACUCUUUCUAUGACACAUGAAGAGGUAGUCACUGAUAGAUGCAGAAAGUCGUCUGGCUCAGAUGUCAGACAAUUUUUGAAGUGCAAGAACAUUUAUAGUUAGUUCACUCCUUUUUUCACCUUCGUCCCCUCAAAAUUCAAAAAAAAUUUUUUUUUAAAGUAACUUCUUCAUGAGAGAAAUAAAUGUUAUUAAGAUCAAA